AAUCUUCUGUCAGAUCAAAUUUUGGAGUAUGUUUCUUAUGUAUUGUGUUCAAAUUUUAUUUAAAUAAAUAUUUAAAAAUCAUAAAAUAAUGAUUGUUUAAAAGAUCUUUGAUGUGCUUUAAAAAUGGGUAAAGUAGGAAGCAAGUCUUUGUCGAGUCUACAGCACUGUACUUUAUGGAAGGCUGAUCGCAGUCCAUCUUGCAGAGCCGUGUUGAUGGCUUUAGAUGCAAUGGAUAUAAGUGUCACAGAGGUAGAUGUAGAUAUGGACAAAGCUGAACACAAAUCAAAGGAAAUUAUUGAUAUGAAUCCUUUUCAAACUUUACCUGUAUUUAAAGACAGAAAUUUGAUUUUAAUUGACAGUCAUUCAAUCAAUAUGUACCUUGCGUCGCGAUAUUCCAACUGUGAUAAGAUGUUACCUAAAGAUCCUGGAGGCCGAGCUAUAAUUGAUCAAUUUAUGAUGUACAAUUGUGGCACCUUACAACCAAAAUAUCGAGCUGCUGCUGAUCCAAUUCUAUACGAGAACUGUCGUUUUGUAUUACCAGAUCAAAUUUGUGAAAUCGAAACUGCCUAUUCAGAUCUAGAUGAGAUCCUUGCAGCGCGUCCCUGGAUAACGGGUUCCUUGCUUUCAAUUGCAGAUAUUUCUAUAGCAUCCACAAUAAGUACAUUAAACAUUCUCGUACCGGUCGAUAAAAAUAGAUUUCCUAACCUGGUUCGUUGGAUGUACAAAAUGUCUGAAGAAUAUUUUUAUGGUACCGCAAAUGAGAAAGGGCUCGAAGAGUUUUCUAAAAGAAUAGAUACAGGUCAUUAUGGUGACGACCAGUUUAAAGCGUGCCCUCAAAGCUCGUCCGCACGACGCUCUCGACCAUUUCAUUUAAAGAAUAUGUAAUUUGUU